CGAUAUUGUGCAACUUUGCAAAAUCGCGCGAAUCGCGAUAAUCGUGACGCGAUUGCAUCGACCCCCGCGCGCCCGUUCGGGCGGCCGAGAUUGUCUGGGCUCGAUAACUGUUGAUAAUUGUUAAAACUGUUGAAAAUAGCAACUUGGUGACACGGACGUUGUUGCGAUGUACUUCGAUGGUUAUCGGUCGCCGUUAUCGCGUAAAAUUCAAGAUCGCGAUGACGGUGCAUAUACAUUACUGAUAAAUGGAGAUAACGUAGGAGGCGGACACCACCUACGUUAGGCAGGCGAUAGAAUUUCAUACGCUUGCCGUUCGUUCCUCCUAAAGCCGCGCGCGUUCGCCACCGCUGCCGCCGGCCGGCCAUUCGCCAAAAAUGGUUCAACGUCGUCACGUUCAGGGAUACGAAAACUUUCUUAAGUAUAUGGAGAACCUGAAGGCCGCGGCUCCGAUUUACGUGCUGUAUACCGGUACGAAGCUGCCAGACACCGGCAAGAGUUGGUGCUCGGACUGCGUGGAAGCUGAGCCUUUUAUUGAAAAAGGUUUUAAAGCAGCGUCUAAGGAAAUUCUAUUAGUAACAGUAGAAGUUGGGGAUAGGCCGUUCUGGAAAGAUCACAAUUGUCCAUUCAGGACAAAUCCUGUUACCAAGUUGAAGGUCUUGCCAACUUUAGCUAGAUGGGGGACACAGAAACGUUUAGAAGGUGAUCAAUUACUGAAACCUGAGCUUAUCGAUAUGUUACUAACAGAUGAAGAUGACUAAAAGUAUUUGUAAUAUACGUUUUUUUUUUAUAAAAGUAUAAAAGGUAUAAAAAGUAUAAAAGUAAAAAUUAUAAAUGUAUAUAAAUUUUUGUAUACGAUAUAUGGUAUGUCUGUUCUUUUUUUAUAAUCAUUCCUUCCGUUACCUUUUUUCGAAAAGAGGUAUUGGGACAAAUAAAAAUUAUUAUUUAAUA